AUGGCAAUUAAAGCACCACCAGCAAACGAUGAUUAUAGCUCCAGUGAUGAGGCUCCAGAAGAGGAAUCGUUUUCAACUUCUACUGCUAACGUUUUGAAAAAAGUUCAAGCGCAAGUGGACGCUUUGAAAGAGAGUAGUAAGGCUCUGAAAGAAAAACGUAGGGCUCGGGAUACCCAGUUCAAAAGUCAGAAACGAAAGCUCUUGAGUGAAGAGUUGGAAGAUCUGGAGGCUCUUUCUGAUGCGGACCAAGAACUGGUUCAGGAACACCGCCCUCGGGUUAUUGUUCAGGCCGGAAAGCAUAAAAAGCUGGAUGAAGAAAAAGACGGGUUCAAGAUCAAGGUAGUCAAAAAGACCUCGAAAAAGCUCCCGCCUAAAUCCAGCAGCUUGUUGUCUCGCAAAGAACGGUUCUUAUUCCGUUCUUCAGUGCCUCGCAAGUGA